AUGCCUCAUUCAAUUGAUUUCUUGGAGCAAUUACCUAUUGAACUUCUUCAUACUACUUUUGAUUAUCUCUGGGCUAAUGAAAUUAUUUAUUCAUUUUACAAUAUAAACAUUUAUAUAAAUAAUAUUAUACAUACAUAUUCUUCGUAUCGAUUUAACUUACAAUCAAUUAGGAAAUCUCAUUUUGACAAUAUAUGUGAAAUAAUUAAAGUUAAUCGAGUUAUUUCAUUACGAUUGUCCGAUGAUGAUUCUACACCAAAUCAAUCGAAAUUUUUUUUUGCUUAUUUUCAUCUUGACCAAUUCAUUCGUCUUCGAUCACUUUCUUUAUUUGAUAUUAAUAUAGAUUCGUUAAAAUUUAUUAUUUCUAAUUUGAACCAACUAAAUCAAUUACGUUCACUUUCAAUACAUUGUAAUAGUAUAAAUAAAAAAUUUAUACUACAAGGCAUACAUAAUUACUUAAAUGAUACACAAUCCAAGUUUGGUUUAAUAACAAUUCCUUCAAACGUUUUAAUUCAAUUAAUACGAUUAAACCUUGGUUGUGGUUUAAAUUUUGAAGAACAUCUUCAAUCGUUGAAUCUUCGUUAUUUGACACUGGAAAAAUGUGAUAUUCAAACUCUACAAAUGAUUUUAUCUACAAUGACGCAAUUGAUCUUUCUAAAUAUUUGUCUUACAGGCGAUACAUCAAGUAUUUCUCAUGUUCCUACAUCAUCCUCAUUGCGUUGGCUUACAUUAAAAAUAAAUGAGUUAAUAGGUAAAAGGGACCUUGUUAAUGGAAAUCGAUGGAAAAUAUUAAGUAAAGAUUUAAUCAAGUUUAAUUUUAAAUUCCAUGUUAAAAUAAUUAAUAUUAAUUCUAUUCUCGAUUCAUUUCGUAAUUCAUAUUGGCUUUUAAAUAAACGCUGGUAUGUCGCCUACGAUAAUCAAUGUCUUUUUACAGUUCCUUACUUUGCUCCAAUAUUGACACAUAGUCCUUACAAUCCAACAAUUUAUUCAACAAUCCCUGACAAUACAAUUUUUUAUGAUCAGAUUAAACAUCUUGUUAUAUCAAAACCUGAAAAUAUAAUGUUAAAUCAUUUACAUAAUGUUGACGAAUUAACAAUUGAAUGUUCGAUUUUUCCUGAACUUCUGUCUAUAGUUAAUCUAAAUCGACUUAAACAUUUAAAAUUGGCAUCACUUGAUAAUAUCGAAUUAUUUUUAAUGCAUUUAAAUUCGAUACCUAAUCUAAGUAAAUUAUCAGUAAAUGGAAAUCUAACAGUAGAUUUCAUUGAAUAUACAAAAAGCUGUCGAACAAAACAAAUUCGAACACUAGAAAUUGUUACUUCAACGGAAGAUUUAAGUUAUAUUAUUGAAGGAUUAAUAUAUCUUUUUCCACAAAUUGAACAUUUACGUAUAUCAACUAUACAUUCAAGAAAACAUAUAAUUAGAUUAAUUGACGGAUUCGAAUAUUUAUUAAAUGCAUCAUUUGUUCUUAAAUGUUCAUCUACCGAUAUGAAUAAGAGAUGGUUUCUAAAACCAGGAUUAUCUAUUCGUGAAGUUCGACGAUUAAACAAUGGAACUUUCACAUGUCAAUUUGAUCGCCUGUCGACAGAUAGUUCAUUGUAUGAAAUUAAUCUUUGGAUUGGAGAACAGGCACGGAAAUCUUGA